CUCACACGGCACAAACGCGCAACACGAAGCCUGGUCUCGGUCACCAUGUUUGCCGACCUGAAGCGCACCGCGGUGCGGCCGUUGCUGCUCCAGAUUCUCAACUUUGCCACCGUCGUCGCGACAGCGCUGGCCAUGUGGAAAGGGCUCAGCGUGCUGGCCGACAGCGAGAGCCCCGUGGUGGUGGUGCUGUCCGGCAGCAUGGAGCCGGCCUUUUACCGCGGCGACUUGCUCUUCCUCACCAUGCCGGGGCCCAAGACCCGCUUCGAGGUCGGCGACAUCACCGUGUACAAGAUUCCUGGCCAGGAGAUCCCGAUUGUGCAUCGUGUCAUCGAGACGCAUGACGAGAAACAAGGGUACGAUCAGCUGCUGCUGACAAAGGGCGACAACAACGACGCAGACGACCUCGGACUGUACAAUGGGCCACGCUGGAUGAAGCGAAAAAACGUCGUCGGGAAAGUCCGAGGGUACAUGCCAUACGUGGGCUAUGUGACCAUCGUGCUCAACGACUAUCCCAAGCUCAAGUACCUCCUCUUGGCCGGGCUAGGUCUCUCGCUCCUCUUCUCAAACGACGAAUAGCACGUCGCUCUCUCGCCGUUCGGCAACCGCUCUAGCGAGGGGGCCAGCUCUCAUACUUAUAGAGAAGAAAGAGAGAAAUGGUACAGAUAAGAUAUUGCAAUGCCCGAGAAAUGGGUGAGUGAAUGUGUGCUUCAGUGCGCCAAGGAAAACGAGUGUCUGAGGAGGACCAGGCCAAGUCCAAUGUGCGGGGUUUGAGGGUAUGAAUGUCUUCAUCGAGCUCGCUGCUUCGACCCAGUCGAAGACGGGAGCAUGCU